AUGGCCGGGCAGUUUGCAAAACCAAGGUCGGAUGGAUUUGAGGAGAAGAAUGGUGUGAAGUUGCCGAGUUACAGGGGAGACAACAUAAAUGGUGAUGCAUUUAAUGAAAAGUCGAGGGUUCCGGAUCCGCAGAGGAUGAUCAGAGCCUACUGCCAAUCUGCUGCCACUCUGAAUCUUUUGAGGGCUUUUGCCACUGGAGGAUAUGCCGCGAUGCAGAGGGUUACUCAGUGGAACCUGGAUUUCACCGAGUCCAGCGAGCAGGGUGAUAGGUACCGUGAACUAGGACACCGAGUUGAUGAAGCCCUGGGAUUUAUGCAAGCUGCUGGACUUACAAUGGACCAUCCUGUCAUGAAGACCACUGAGUUUUGGACAUCACAUGAGUGCUUGCUCUUACCUUACGAGCAAUCACUUACUAGGCUUGAUUCUACAUCUGGCCGAUACUAUGACUGUUCUGCCCAUUUCCUUUGGGUAGGGGAAAGAACGAGGCAAUUGGAUGGAGCCCAUGUUGAGUUCCUGAGAGGAAUUGCAAACCCCCUUGGUAUUAAGGUGAGUGAUAAAAUGGAUCCAAAUGAACUUGUCAGACUCAUUGAGAUUUUCAAUCCUGAAAACAAACCAGGAAGGAUUACAAUCAUCACAAGGAUGGGAGCAGAGAAUAUGAGGGUGAAACUUCCUCAUUUAAUCAGGGCAGUCCGAAGGGCAGGGCAAAUUGUUACUUGGGUCUCUGAUCCUAUGCAUGGAAACACUAUUAAAGCUCCUUGUGGUUUAAAAACACGCCCAUUUGAUGCAAUCAGGGCGGAAGUGAGAGCAUUCUUUGAUGUACAUGAGCAAGAGGGUAGCCAUCCUGGUGGAGUUCAUUUGGAGAUGACAGGCCAAAACGUUACAGAAUGCAUUGGAGGAUCACAGACUGUUACAUUCGAUGACCUGAGCUCACGUUACCACACCCACUGUGACCCUAGGCUUAAUGCGUCUCAAUCUUUGGAGCUUGCUUUUAUCAUUGCUGAGCGCCUAAGAAAGAGGAGGCUCGCUUCCGGUAUUAGGCUGUAA